UGAAAGCACAUGUGACGUUACCUCGCAGCACAUGUCACGAGACGUUACGCAUGCAGGGGAGCAGUACACGUUCUCCUCGGUGACCUCCUAUGUGCUAGAGCUGGACAAUGUGACCAUGUUCGAGAUCUGGACGGUCAUGCUGAUAGACAGCUUCGUCAACAUCUAUCUGGGGUGGUACUUCAGCCACGUUCUAACAUCGUACAUUGGCGUACCAUACGUGCCCUGGUUUCCUUUCAUGUACCGCUACUGGUUGCCCACAGAGAAGGGCUCGUUCCAGCAGGUACCGCCAUCCACGCCCGAUGGACUCAACUUUGAGCCGUAUCCCGUAGACAAGGAAGAGGUCGUCUUUGUGAACAGGCUGGAAUACGAGAGGAAACAGAAGCACGUCCUGCGGGACACGAGUUUCAAGGCGUACCAAGGAGAAAUCAUGAUAAUUUUGGGUCCCAGCGGAGCGGGAAAGACAGCGCUCGUGGACAUUAUCAGCGGUGGUGCCGUGGCUACACAGGGCCAGGUGAUCGUGAACGGCUACGACGUGGCCGUGCAGACGCAGCUCGCGCGCCAGCUGAUGGGCGUCGUGCAACAGCGCGACGUGCUGUUCUAUGACCUGACUGUGGCCGAGCAUUUGAUUUUCUUCGGGGCGCUCGCGGGACUCUCCGGGGAUGCCCUGGUGCACCGCUGCGUCGAGCUCCAAGACAUGUUCUCUCUUGGCAACAUCGCCGAUGUGCGCACCAACUUACUCCAGGAAGGACAGAAGCGCUCCCUUGCCUUCGCCAUAGCCAUAGUGGUACCACCUAAGGUUCUGAUCCUCGACGAACCCAUGCGUGGCAUGGAUACGGCGUCGCGCGUCAUCGUGUGGCAGGUGCUGCAGAAGCUAAGGCCGUCCACGUGCAUAAUCAUCACAACGCCCGAGGUCGAGGAAGUCGAACUGCUCGCAGACCGCAUCGCCAUCCUGGGAUUCGGGGCCCUGAAGUGCUGCGGUCGCACGGGCUUCCUGCAGCGCCGCUACGGCACUGGCUACAGCGUUACGCUCCACAAGGGUGCCAAGUUCGAAACGAAACGCACCCUGAAGGCCCUUCAGGCCAGAGUCCCCGAAAGCCGCCUGCUUCACGACCACCGCAACAGUGUCGUCUUCUCUUUGGGCAUGCGCAAUGGCUGCGAGCCCGUGUCAGCAGCGCUCCAGCUUCUCGAAAGCGACAUGCAGGGAAUGAGCAUCGAGUCCAUGCAGGUGAACGUGAUCACCAUGCAGGAUGUCUUCACUCGCAUGAUUCUCGAGUUGGACGUCGCGAACAUCGAGACCCGCCGCCGUGCGGCAUCCGUUUCCCGCCGUUCCGUUCUCAAGUCGCACAUGGGCGCCGCCACGGAGAUUGAGUACUCGGAACGCGCCAUGCUCCUUCCCACCGAGAAUGUGGGCGGCAUGUCCCACGUCGAGGAGUACGAGUCGUCGGUGCAGAUCGAGCAGCACAUGAAGACCUUGUUCGACUUGAAGGCCGGAAAGCCCACUUUCAAACAGACGCUGGUCGCCAUGAUCGAGAAGCGCCGCAACUACACCUGGCAGACGUUCGCGCUGCCUGUUCUCUGCUGGCUGCUGCCCGCCGCCCUCAUGUUCGCCGAGUGCCAGUCAGAGAAGCGCCUCGUCGAUCAGCUGGCAGUCAGCUUCGCCGGCGACAGGCUCACGUACGACCUGCCCUCGCUGCACCCUGGGUCAAAAGUGUUCGCUACGGCAGACAAGGCAUCGGAACCGUUCAAGGGGGAGUACCGUAAAUUAUUGGACAGGGAGGACACGCAGGUCGUGGACGUGACCAGCGUGAAAGGUCUCAUGGCGGAUUUCAAGAAAUCGCCCGCUGCCUUACGCGACUACAAGGUGGGAGCAGAAUUCCAGGCGGGCCCUGACACAGUGACAGCGGGCAAAGCCGUUGCGUGGUAUAACGGCGACUCGUACCACACACAGUCAGCGUCCCUGGCGGCCGUCGGCAGCGCGUUGCUCAGGAAGAUCUCCGGCGAUCCCGACGCCCAGAUCAAGACCGUACUGCGGCCGCUCAAGAUGCAUAACGACACCAUUGCGUCGCGCAGUGCGGACAACCUUCGCUAUGCCGACGAGCUGUCCACGUUGCUGUCCUCGCGUGUGCUUCGUAUGGUCCUGCUACCGGCCACGACCUCGGUGGUUGCGGCCAGCUUUGUCUUAUUCCCGAUUGAGGACCGCGUCACCAACUCAAAGACCAUGCAGCUCAUCUCGGGCGUGCACCCGUUCAUCUACUGGCUUGGCAACUACAUCUGGGACAUGGUGGUGUCCCUGGUGGCGCUCCUCGUCCUUUUCGUUCCCGUGCUCAUCUGCCACUCUGACUUCAUGAGCAUCGCGAUAAGUGUGAUCAUGGUGUUCCUAAGCUACGUCCACAGCAUACUGGCUCUCACCUACUGGUUUUCGUUCGUCACUGACUCUCUUAUCAGCGGCUUUCUCAUCGUGAAUGCCAUCAACGCCCUCUCAGGAACCGUGAGUACCAUGGGCUACCAGUUAGUGAUGAUCUCGCAAGAACAGGGCUCCAGCAGCCUGAUCUCACUGACUCAGCCCUGGGAUCCACUGCUGAUGGGCCUGUACCUGCUGCCUCCCUUCUCCUACACCUGGGCUAUCACCAAGGUUACGCAGAAAGUGAGCGAGGAUCGCUACUGCCAGGGCUCGACGCAGAUGGUGCACGACAUCUGCGCCUACCUCCACAAUAGCCCCGAUGAAGGCGCCGUGCUGCUGACGAACCUGCGCUACUGCUGCGCUUCCUUCUACGCCAGCAAUGGCAGGACCGUCAACCACCUCAGCCCUUUUGCAUUCCACAGGGACGCCGUCCUGGUAGAGCUCCUCGUCAUGCUCGUGGAAGGCUUCGUCCUUCUUGUGUUGCUCGGCUUGUUGGAACACGGGAUGCUGCGGCCCUGGUUCCGGUCGAGCGCACAGACGACGACAGCGACAGCUCAGCCAUUGCGCGAGGGGGUGGCCCAAGAGAAAAGGAUCGUAGAGAAGAUUAUCGCCGGCAACGACUUCUCGAAGCCGGCGCUCGUUGUGCUCGACAUUCGCAAGAACGUCGGCAACCGGCAGGUGCUGCGCGGGUUGACGUUCCACGUGGACCCCGGCGAGACGUUCGUGGUGCUCGGCCUGCGGGGCUGCGGCAAGACGACGCUGAUGGACAUCCUGUCCGGCGUCCAGUCGCCCACGUCCGGCAGCGCGCUGAUCGGCGACACCCUGCUCAGCAACACGGCCGCGUGGCAGCAGCGCAUCGGCUACUGCCCGCACUACGACGGCGUGCUCGGUCGGCUGACGGUGCGCCAGACGCUGACGCUCUACGCCCGCGUGCGCGGCAUGACGGGCGACGCCAUCGAGAAGAUGCUCGAGCACAUGAUCCUGCUGCUCAACCUCAGCGCCGUCGCCGACGACACCGUGGACUCGACGAGCGCAGUGACUCGCCGGAAACUUGCCGUGGCCAUCGCCAUCGUCGGCCUUCCUCCAGUAGUGCUCAUGAAUGACCCUGCCACGGGACUGGACACGAUGUCUAAGCGAAAGAUCUACCGCUGCAUCCAGAUCUUGCGGCAGCUGGUCAAAUCAGCGAUCAUGAUCGUUACCAAAAGUGUGUCGGACUGCGUGGUCAUCUCGGACCGCAUGGCGAUCAUGCUUAACGGCCAGUUCCAGUGCCUAGGCACCAUCAGCGAUCUCCAGAAGCGGUACUGCCGUGGGUCCAUCAUUCUCGUCAAGCUAAAGCCAACAACGUUCCAGAACAGCGCAGCCAUUAACGACAUACACAAGCAGGUGCAGUCAGCCUUUCCCGGUGCGGUGCCCACGGGCCAGCUGUCACUGGCGCUGGAGUAUUCCACCGUGUUGACGAUGCCGUGGAGCAAAGCCGUAGUGACCGCCUACAACCUCAGGCAGCAGCUGAGCGAGCACGCGCAAGACGUCAUCCUGACCGACGUCACGAUGGAGCACGUGCUGCUCAGGAUGGCCAAGUACGAGGACGUCAGAGCGGUGGCCGUCACCGUCGCCUGAGCAGCAAUAAAAGGGGGCACGUCGCCGGCUGGCGCCCAGCGGGGAAGCACUCUUGUCUGUCGGUUAUUGUGUUCAAAAAGAGCUACACAUGCUUCGGUGGUUCGUCGAUCAUGUUGGUUGAUGGGGUUGAGCUUCUAAAUCAACAAAUGAGGUAUGGGGGACGCCGUAGUGGAAGGCUCCGGAUUAGCUUUGGUCACUUGAGGUUGAGAGGCCUAUCAUGCUUGGUGCACGAGCGUUUCUUUUUUUUUUUUAUUUCUCGCGCCAUCUGAAAGCUACCGCAGCGUCCGGGCAUCGAACCCAUGACAUCUUGCUUGGCAGCAGCAGACAGCUACUGCGCUACCAUGGUGGCUUACAUAGCAUAGGGGCUGGUAACAGCAGCAGCCGCUGAGUAAAGAUAAUACAACGGCGACAGCGCCUGGCCGAUGACAAACAGUUAUUCAGAAUGAAAAUCUUUGUGCAUUCGGCAGUCUGUGAAUAAAUGUGCGCAUGUCAGCAGACCAAACGC